UGUUUGUUGGUAUGGAUUGGUUGCGAAUAAUGGUUCCAUUUGGAAAAACUUAUUAUAUAUCAACAAAUCCCUAUCAUUCAAUCACAUUGUGUCAUGAACGGCCCUGCUGUAUCGCUGAUUGGCUAUGAACGAGAGUGGCGGCAUCUCAAAAGGCUACGUACUUGGGGUUUAGGCUGAAUUGAAUCAACAGUCCAUCUCAGAGCUCGUGGGGCGUAGAAGUGUUCGUGAAUUUGCCGACAAAAAUAGAUCACAGAACUUCCCUAAAUCAACCCAAGCUUAAAUUCUAUGAGAAGGUUUUUUUUCCAUCAGGUUUGUUCCGUUGUAUUUGUACAGGAAUUUAGUGUGAUUUGAUUAGCAACUUUAAGCUGAUUACACCACGCGCGCUAAUACGAUAUGUUUGACGGCCGCUGCUCGCUUCUGUACACGUUUCAUUUUGUACUUCUUGCAGGAGCCGGGAACACGGACAGAUUACAGAUUGACACCUCUUGCGAUGCUCGCAGCGACUUGCAGUAGAAUUGGACAACAAUCCCCGCCACCCGUAGCUGACGUGACAAGCAUGGCUAAAGGUUUCUACCAUUGGAAACAACCGAAUUCCCUUCCAAUUCAGCGCGGAAGGCCGACUGACAGUGGCUUGUAUUCAAAUCUGCCGUCCGCCUUUAUGCCAACCAGCGAAUCUUUAAGCGUUCAGAAUCACGACAGCUUUCUCAGCAAUCCGAGCUAUACAACAGGACACAAUUCGCUCACAGAUCCAUUAGCUAUCGCAUCGGCGAGUCGCGUUCAUUCUGCUUCUGUUGAGGCAUCAAUUUAUCCAGCGCGGAUGCCGCAUCCCUACGAAAGCUCGCCUUGGUUUAAACCACCUUUAGAACCCCAUUCACAGGCUUCAGCUCGGCAGGCGUUCUGGGAAGUACACAGUAAUCCCCCCUGGCUCGACUCAGCCGUAUCAGGCAGCUCGUUUCAUCCAACGUUAAGCCAUUUUACAGGACUGCCGCAUGAAUACUCUACAGGAAGUUUACCUAUUCCUGCUGCGGUUUCUGUGGCGAGUCAUCCGCAUUUUCUACCCCCUCCCUGCCUCGGAUCCGAUCCCAUGAAAGCUUCUCUUCCUACGUAUAUAGAUGGACCUUCUUACUUUUCAGGGACGACAAGUUUAUUGCCUUCUACGCAGAGUGUGACUGCAAGAGCGACUCGACGCUACACUGGUCGCGCGACCUGCGAUUGCCCCAACUGCCAAGACAACGAGAGAUUAAGUGCGGCUGGUGCACCUUUUAGGAAAAAGACUCAACACAUUUGUCACAUUCCGGGCUGCGGCAAAGUGUACGGGAAAACCUCACAUCUGAAAGCUCAUCUCCGCUGGCAUACUGGCGAGCGGCCAUUUGUGUGUAACUGGUUGUUUUGCGGAAAGAGAUUCACUCGAUCUGACGAACUGCAGAGACAUUUACGGACGCACACUGGCGAGAAACGAUUCGCUUGCCCCAUCUGUAAUAAACGUUUCAUGCGGAGUGAUCACCUGGCAAAACACGUUAAAACCCAUAACAAUGAUACGGUGAAGAAAGGAGAGUCAGAAAAGGAGGAGAAAGAAGACGAGAAAGCCACAAACGGCGCUGACAUUGAACGCGCAUGUAACCUGUCUGAAAAUGGCGAAAGUAACAGCCUGAAGGUUGCUUAGCUUGUCAAGGCUGGAGAGUAGUAAGACAUUUCGAUUUUAUUGAUAAAAUGUUUUUUCUCCUAGGUCUAUGACGCUCAACCUAACAUAGGAAAGCUUUGAAUUAAUGAAAGAAAAUUUAUCACUUGAAACCUUUGUGAACUCGGCGAACGCGAGAUAGUGUUAACGUUGUACAUAUUCGUUUGACGUCGGCUCGAGACGUUAAAGGUAUAAGAUUUCCAAGUUCAAACUAGUUCAAACGAAACAUUCACAUAUGGCUCUCACUACUAAGGUUGAUUAAGGUUUUUUUAAUCUUUGCAAAGGGACUUCAAUUCGGAUCGAAGGUAAAUCUUUCUUGAUGAGUUAAACAUUGCCUAGAGUGAACGGAGUAACAAAGACAAUUUAUCACUUGUUUGAAACAGAGAAAACAUUUUUAUGCUAUCAAAAUGACAAAUUUUGAGCCUUGUUCAAUUGUAUUUAAAUACUGUAUAUUGGAAGUUAUUUAAUUGAACAAGACAUCAAAGAUUCAUCCUUUAAUAUUUACCAUUGAGUUGUACAUAAAACCUAAAAAAGCAAAGCUGGACCUUGAAACUAAAUUAA